CGCGUAUAGUAAACAUUCCGGUAAAUAAAAAUGUAUUGUCUACGCCUUGUGGAAUAGGGUUAUGCGCAUGCCCCAUUCAAGAUUUCCGCAUCGCCGAAUUUGGACAGUUGACGUGUCAGUGUUGCUGAGACACAUGCAUAUAGAAUCAAGUUGGACCACUUCAGUCGUUCCCGCACAAUUCUUCUUGAGAGGAGGGAACAGUCCGCUUCGAAGUCUUAAAGAUCAUACCAAAAGACCACGGACUCAUGAGAAGAAGAAGCCGUUACGAAAGAAUCUUUUUCGAUAAGUUCAUGGGUUGGACCUUGAAGGCAAUGACUUGACGGUUUGGGGAAGAGAAAAAAAGAACUGUUUUAGCUACCAGGUCACCAGAUGGUCAGGACGACUCCAGGGCAGGCAUCCUGAGCAGACAACUACAGCAGCAGCCCCCACUCGGCAUAAACUGGGCCUAACCCUGGGUUUUACCAGUCGAACAUUUCCAUUGGCAUCAGAGCUGACAGGUUUCGUGGUUGGUGGAAUCAUUUCCAGUGUUCACAUUUGCUCCACAACGACGCGGCUGUGCAUUGAUAUAUCCAGAGACAGAUGCCAUAGUUAAAAUAAUAUAGUUUGACUCUCAAACUUGGUGCAAGAAGAAGAAGAAGGGUCUAAGAUGAUGUCUUAUAUCGACCCUCCCGAGGCCAUGAGUUGCAGCAGUAUUUCCAGCGCCGGUAGGACGAGCCCGGCAGCCCCGCCGCCCACUGGGUGUUACGGAAGACCAGAUCCACAGAUCGUCCAUGUUCGAGUGUCACCGCCUGAAAGCUCACUUAGCUUAGCAGAAGGACAGACAUCGCAGGAUACCGAGGCCCGGGGUGACCAGAAAAAGGAACAGCAGGCUAUUCCACACAGGUGGCAGCUGACACCACAAGAUGAAAAGACGCAAGCUCUGUUUAACUUCAACGAAACCGCGCUACCACCGAAGAGUGAGUUCUACCCAGCGGACGAGAACAUAUCUGAGAAGUUGAAGCUCCUUUAUGGAGAGAGCAAAGUCAGUCCGUGUUGCCAGAAAUGUUCACCUUGUUGUUGUUCUUGUUGUGUCAUCCAAUAGCCCCCUACCCUUAGGAAACUAUCAGUUGUCAUACACAUCAUUUAAUUUCCAUCUGUCAUCAGUAUUAUUUGCAUCUUCCUUCAUUUUGUAUUUCGCUUAGUUUAGUUUUGCUUAUGUCCUUGUAUAUAUAUGUAUAGUGGUGCCAUUAAUAUAAGAUGAUAACUUGAGUGUGUCACCACUACGUCUGUCUUAUCUGGCAAAGUGAAUAAGAAAAACUAUCAGUACUGAAAUGUGACUGUCAGUAACUGUUAAGUUACUGUCAGUACCAGUAACAUAACUCUAAGUUAUUAUUACUGAUUGGUUACAAUCAGUUACUGAUUUAACUACAAAAAGUGAUCAGUUAUUUUUUUAAUACAUAGUAUUUGUCAUGGCAGUAGGACUUCAGCAGCAAACUAGUACUGGCGGUAAGAUUCCAGUGCUGAUAGCUUUCUAUACCCGUUUUUUAACAUGUUCUUGUAUUGUUCUUGUGUUAUAAUAGUCCCCUACGUUUCGGAAACUAUCAGUACUGAAAUUCGUCUGUCAGUAACUGUUAAGUUACUGUCAGUCAGCACCAGCACCAGGUUUCCUGUGAGUUAUCAUGACUGGUUACUGUCAGUUACUGAUUCAACUACCAAACUUUUUUAACUGAUCAGUUACUGAAUGAUGGCACAUCUUGUGAAUAGUGAGCAUUUUUUACAACAGUAAGAUUUCAGCAGCAAACUAUUACUGGACGUCAGUAAGAGUCCAUGUCCAGUACAGAUAGUUUUCUAUACCCAUAUUUAACGUGUUCUUGUGUGAAAUGUCUCUGUGGCGAUGCCAAAAAUUCAAUGACUUCCCAUCAUUAUGCUAACAAUUCUUUUACCAAAGUUUGUGCAUUAUCAUGAAUCUGACCGUUGUUUCUUUCACAUGUAAUGUAGUAUUCUAAUGUCACUUCUAUCCCAAUGUUCUUAAUGUUUAGAUUAUAGAUAGAAAUAAAUACUCUUUCGGAAUUGAA